AUGGACUCAAUGGGCUUCCUGGGCUUACAGGUCAAAAGGCAAGUGACACCACAGACACUGGGAUUAAGCUCCUUACCCAGGCAGAUCAGAGGGGGAGAACGAGGGGAAAAGGGUGAGGAAGGCUUUCCUGGAAAAGCUGGCUCUAAGGGUGAACCAGGGAGCCGUGGCCAACCUGGUGAGCAGGGUGAAGCAGGUUUUCCUGGUCCUAGGGGCUUACCUGGACUGAAAGGAGAAAAAGGAGACCAGGGAGAAAAAGGAAGAGAUGGUCUCCCAGCAAUGAAAGGUGAAAGAGGAGAAAAAGGUGACACAGGUUCCCCUGGACCCCCAGGCUUACCUGGAACACCAGCCUUCUUCACCCCACAUCCCAGGAUUCCUGGUGAACCUGGACCAAAAGGGGACAAAGGAGAUCGAGGAAUGACUGGAGAAACUGGAUUGCCUGGGGUCCCAGGUGAGCAAGGUGUGCCAGGACCUGCAGGAGUACAGGGUGCAAAGGGGGAGAAAGGAGCCCGAGGAGAGGCUGGAGCCCCUGGAGAGACUGGUUUGAGUGGACCAGCAGGGCCCCCAGGUCCAAGAGGCUUGCCAGGAAAUGUGGGUGUGCCUGGAGGCCCUGGACUCCCAGGAAAGGCAGGAGAAAAAGGGGAAAAGGGUGAUCCUGGAAAAGAAGGAAAAGUGGGUUUACCUGGGCCACCUGGUGGGCCAGGGCGUCCUGGAGAGCCAGGUUUGCCUGGGAAGGGUAAAGAUGGAGAAAAGGGGGAAAGAGGACCACCAGGCUUGCCAGGACCCUUUGGACAUAAGGGUGAGAGGGGAGCUCCUGGCCUCCCUGGACAGCCAGGAGACAGAGGAGUGCCAGGAAUUGGCCUGGCUGGACCCCCUGGCCCUGCAGGACCCCCAGGAGACAAAGGGUCACUGGUACAGGUCCCCGUGGUGUGCCUGGGAUUCCUGGACCUCAGGGACCUCCUGGCCACGAUAGGGGUUGUGGAUGCCCCAUCCCUGGAAGUGUUCCAGGCCAGGCUGGAUGGGGCUCUGAGCAGCCUGGGAUAG